AAACGCGGAGCUCCUGAAGUUUUUCCGACAUUUUCGGCGAGAAGGAAUCGAAAAUUUGAAAAUAUUUCAACUCGAGAUUAAGUUUAUCGAAAAAAUCUAUUUUUACGCAAAAGCAAGAGCAUUUUUUAUACAAUGAAAAGGAUUUUCGGAGCCUUUGAAGUCAAGUGUAAACAAACGUGCUUCGUUUGAUUUUUUGGCAUGGCGGUUGCAUUCAAAUUCAACGGACAAAAAUAACGACAGUUAUUUUGUAACGUCGGUACCGUGUGCACAGUGAAAAGGUGCGGUGCUUCAGGGAAAACUUUCGCGAGUUUAAAAAACAUUGAUUUAUCUACUUGCAAAAAAAGGUUCCGAGGUUUGGCGAAAAAAGAAGAGAAAGUGUACGAGAUUCUGGGCAAAAAAGGAAGAACAAUGGACCCUUUUACGCAGCGAAUGCUGGAACGAGCAAGAGCGAGGAGAGAAAAAUUAGAUGCCCAAUUAUCGAAUGCUGGCCAUGACGUAAAAAGAAGGCGAAGUCCUCUUAAGGACGCAAAUGCCAUCCUCGCACAAGUACCAGCAAUUACACAACAAAUCGUUUCGAAAACACCGAAAAAGUCCUCUAGUUCGAGCUCGAUUUCGAGCUCAAAAAGCUCGCCUUCCUCCGUUUCCCCAGUAAAAACAAGAAAAUCGUCUCCCUUAACGUCUCCUGUAAAAGCAACGAGGAAAUCGUCUCCUUUGAAAAAACAGGAAUCGACCAAGGAAAAUGGAGAGAAUCCAGCUUCCAAUGUUAGGUCGAAGUUGCAGAGAUUGGGCACCUUAUACUCGGAUAGAGAGCUUAGCUCACCGAUUCAUAGAACAGAGGAAAAAUUUAUGACUGAGGAAGAAUCUGCGGAGCAGAAAUCUGCGAAAUGUGGAGCCAGACUUAACAGAUUAGCGGCUCUCGCAUCGACGAUUAAUAAUUGGGAGGAUGAUUUAUCUCAUCCAACUUUGAUCAAACCAACAAUCUCUAAAGCAGAGAAGAUACAAGCAAAAUUAAAUGAACAAGUCAGAAACGCUGACCCUCAACCAGGAACGAGUGGAGUUCGAAAUUUAACUCGCAGCAAUAGCAGAAGUCCCACAAAACAGUUAAAAUGGGACAAAGCGGUCCUGGAAACGCUGGAGGCACAAGGUUUUAGUCGCACUAAGAGCAGUUCUCGCCUCGUGUAUGACUAUAAGGAUUGUUCUCAGGAAUCCAGUAGUCCCCAGGGAUCACCAAAAAAGCGAGAGGGUUUCCCGGAAAUUGUGGGCGCCACCCACAAAGCCGAAGAACAGUCUACCAUCACGAAAUCCAACAACAGUCCAAUGAAAUCCAACAACAGUCCGAUAAAAUGCGACAGCAAUACGUACAAAAUCACGACUGUGAAGACGAGCAGCGUUGGAGGAGGGCCUUCGGGAUCUUCAAGAUUCAACGAGAACGUGAGCAAGUCACCGGAAAAGAAAGAUACUAACUCAAGCGUUAGUAGCUCUCGAUUAAUGUCUAGGUAUGGUUUUAACGGUUCUCCUAAGAGUCCCAUGAAACAGUCACCAGGUUCCGUGCUGAGCAAGGCCUCCCUCUUCGAAAAGAACAACAGCACCUACGUCAAGGUGAAGGAUCCUGCCGAGAUGACGCUCAGUGAGAGGAUGGCGCUUUUCGAACGAAACAAGGGAGAGGCUCCGAUCCCCAAGGCGCCGCUCACGAUGUCCGUUCCCACCAAGAUGUUGAUGGAAAAGGAGAAACCGAGUGGAGACUAUAGGCCGAAAGCUGAUGUGACCGGAAGAGCAGUUUCGCAACAGCGGAAUAUUUACGAGCACGGUUACACCCAGGAACUCGAAAAUAAUAUUUUGCAUAGCAUACAGGCCGAGAGACAAAAAGAAUUAGAAAUGCUGAGAACUCGUUUUAAUCGAAAUAAGGAAGUGGCCACUGUUGCUGCUGGUUGUGCCUUGAGGACGAGUGAAAGCAGUGAAGGAAAAUCGGUUUCACCCAAGAAUUCUCCCAUUUGUCCUGUCAAACCUACGCCCGCUCCGCAGGAUCAUGUGCCCCCGCCUCCACCUUUGCCACAGGAUACGGGAAGGCGAUCCUCUCCGAAUAAAAAUACUCCAGUCAAAAGACAAGUAGUGAGUGGUUUGACGCAAUCGCAAGAACCAAGAACGGUGGAUGACAUCAAGCGCGUGAGAGUUUGUGCCCCGAAAUUUGGAAAUCUUUACCCCGAUCUCACGGGUGUUGAAGCCAGCACAACCGAUUCAGAGACUGAAUUCACGGUCGGCAGUACCGAACCCGAGACUGCAACAUUGGAAGAACCAACCGAGACUGAAACCGAAACUGAGGCUGAUUAUUACCUUCGGGAUGACGGAACGGGGGAUUACAGUGACGAGGACGGUGAAAGUGAAGAUAUCGGUAAUACAAGUUUGGGAAGAAGCAUUUUACACGUCGUGAAUCAACAAUCGUCUCUGAACAAGAAGAGAGCUAUUUACCACGACUUAGACAGUACAACGUCAGAUAUUUCCGUCUUGGAGGAAAUGGACGAUUAUUUAGACGAGUGUCUAGCAGUUCAAGACGCACAGGAAGGACCAACUCCUCCGAAAUUAAACCGUGGAGGCAAAAGUCCUUCCGCAACGUCCACAAGUUUUAAAUAUUCUCAAGGAUCGUCUUAUCGUUCCCCGAUAAAAAUUAACUCGCCAGCUUCUGCUUCGAAGAAGGAGCCCUACGUAAUCGAGGGCGAUAGUUGCGCCCCUUUGAUGCACAGCGUCAGUUUUUACAGACGCCAACAGUCCCAAACCCCAAAAACACCCGUUCGUCUAAUCUCGAGAAUUCCGGACAAUAGCAUUUCUCCUGGAAGUCCGUCGCCCGUCGACGAAAAGGAGGAAGCGGCUCUUGUCGUGGAAAAAGUUAAGCGACUUGUGGAGGAAGUUGGAAAACAGGAAACCACUAUUGGCCAAGCUAGUCAAGCUCUCAAUUUGUGCAAUUCUACUGUAGAAUUCAGCGGUUCUAGGGAGCAGGUCGAGGGAGAGAGACUUCUUCUUCUUGCAACACAUCGAAGACAGGCGGCGAUCCAGGAGCUUCAGCGACUAAAAGUUCAAGGAACUUUAAAACCUGUUGUCCCCGGUUCUCCGGAAUUUCAGGAGAAUGGAUCCCUGACAGUUUCUGCGAUUACUUUGCCGCUCAAGCGGGAGAAUUUCCGUAAUUUGGAUCCUGAUACGCGACUUCACUUUGUCUGUCUCGUUCGCCACAUGGAAAAUGUCGUCUCAACUCCAGUUGUUCAGACAGAAUCUGGAGAUUCCUGUGUUAGAUUUCCAUCAACCCUGAAGAUCGAGGAUCUUUACAGCGAUUUUCAGAUUAAGAUCGAGGUUUAUUCGCUCCAAACCCGCGCCGAAGUGUUGCCUCACGAAAUCAAGUACCAUAUUCACAAUAAUGGAAGUUCCUCUUCCGGUUCUAAGAAGCCUGGAGGAAAAACACCGAAGAAGUUUUUGAAACACGAUAGCAAAUUGCUCAGGCCCACGGUUCAAAGUCCGGCUGGUCCUUCCGCUGUGAGAUCUCCCGCAUUUUCUCUUGCGGGAUUCGUCGUUUUCAGUUUGAGGGAAGUUCAUCGGCAACAAUUUACUCUGAACAAUGUUCCGCAAAAUUCCCCGUUGGAGGGUCGUUUGCAAAUGCACGUUUCCUGUGAAUUAUCAGUUUCAGUCGAGCAUCGAGGUUUCCUUACAAUGUUCGAGGACGUCUCGGGAUUCGGAGCUUGGCACCGAAGAUGGUGUCUUCUAAAAGGCGACACCCUUUCCUACUGGAAAUACCCCGACGAUGAACGCAAAAAAACACCAAUCGGAAGCCUCGAUUUGCAGGGGAUCACAACAGCAAAUGUUGGUUUGGUUUCCAGGGACAUUUGUGCGCGACUCAACACCUUUUUACUCGAAACUGUGAGGCCGUCACAACCCGGAGACGUUGAUAGUCUCGUCAUGGUCCGAAAUGGCGCAAGUACCACUGUCAGGCACCUCUUGUCUGCCGAUACAAAGGAAGAUAGACUCGAGUGGUGUUCCAAAUUGAACAAAACCAUCCAUCUGAUUCGCGCCUGGGGUGGAACAUCAGCUCUCUGCUAAUUUUCGUGUCUUCACAUUUUCCUCGAGAAACUCGACGAUACUUAUCGAUUUUAUAAUCCGACUUAGUAUUAAUCCUACCUCUUAUCAUUAACUUUCCCGAUUUUUAAUUUUCUAUUUAGCCUAGAAAAAAAAAACAGACAGACCUUGGAAUGAAAAUCCGAACCCUCUUUCUCAAACUAAUUCGCUUCAAAUCUCUUUUCGGUAAUUGAGAAUAACUGCCGAUAUUAUUUAUCAUUCCGAUGGUGAACUGGGGUCGGAGAUUUUUAAAGUCUCUGCUUCGCCAAAUUGGAAUCCGUACUUUUUAUUCACGAUUGAAAUUAACAUUUGGCUAAUUAUUCAGUAAUUGGCUUCGAGGUUCUAGAUAACAAAAAUCAACUUUAUCGUGAUUUUACAAAAAGUAAUUUCACUCUUUUCUAAAAUGUAAGAUUUUUAAGGGGAUUUGUCAGAGCCUGAAAAAUAGUUAAGAGAUUUGAAAAGCAGCGAGAGAAGGGAAGGAUUAGUUAAUAUUCUAGACAUUAAUUUACUAGAUAUUAUUAAUCAAUGCGAAGAUUUUUUGAUCGACUAAUUAUUCGCUGUAGAUUUAUUGUAUAUAGAAGGACUUUUUACCCCUUACAUAUAUUUUGUACUAAUAUAUAUAUUAUGCAUAUAUAAAAUCUUAUAUAUCACUUAAGAGUUAAGAAAUGAGGAAAGUUAUCGUGCCAGGCAAUCUUCUUUGCAAUUUUAAGCUUGGAAACUCGUUUUCUUUUUCUUUUAAUUGAACGAGAGAGUUUAGUCUGAGAUUGUACAAUCUUUUAAUAAAAGUAGAGAAG